CUGUUUUCAUUACGCGGGAAUCAACGACGCCGCCACCACGGUAAAUAAGCAAUACUUAUUAAUCAAACGCAGUAAAAUGGUCGAGCGCAUUGAGGAUCUCAACCUACCGAAUUCCGUGAUCGCACGGCUCAUCAAGGAGUCCCUGCCGGAGUCGGCCAGCGUCAGCAAGGAGGCGCGAGCAGCGAUUGCACGGGCAGCAUCCGUGUUUGCCAUUUUCGUGACCUCCUCAUCAACGGCUUUGGCACACAAACAAAACCACAAGACCAUUACCGCCAAGGAUAUUCUGCAGACCCUCGGCGAGCUGGACUUUGAGAGCUUUGUGCCCUCGUUAACGGAGGACCUGGAGAUCUAUCGCAAAAUGGUGAAGGACAAAAAGGAGAGCAAGGCCAGCAAGAAGGAUACGAGUACUACCGCCGAAAAUGCCAAUGCCAGCACCACUGCAGCUACCGAGGAUGCCACCGAGUGAUCCUGUCUAUCCGAAACAAUUAUCUACUAUUAUUAACUAACUAUUACUAUCCUCUUUAGUCCUUAAGCAUAAUGUUAGUAUUAUCAUAAAUGGCACACAAUAAACACUGCAUUUUUGAGUA